CCGACCUUGAUUACGUAACGAUCGACUCGAGCACGAUGUUUUGGCGCAUCGACUCCAUGGUAACGAUUGGAGGAAGAGGGAAACAGAGAGAGAUAAGUGUCGCGUUUUCUAUUCAUUCGAGAACGAUGUCGUUGUUCAAGACGAAAGAAUGGUGGCAAACGAGAUGUGGAGCAAACGAAAGUUUCGACAGGCAUAGCUUGAUGGCAGCGCCGUUGUUCGGGAAAGAAAGACACCACGAUAUCAUUGUGGUGACUAGUCACGAUGGUUACCUAAGGAUGUACGACCCGUCCUCUCGAUGGAUAGACGAAACGAAAUCACCGACCAACUACAAAUCGACCGAUCUCAUGAUCGAGACACGAGUCGGCGAUUGCAUCGUGGACGUUAAAACGGGCAAAUUCGUUUCGGGAUCGCAGGAUCUGCGGCUAGCCGUGUUGACCGAUUCGAAGCUGCUCAUCUACGACAUGACUCUGGUCGAGGGAUCCGAAACCGAAUACGGGGAUCGAUGCGAGUUGAGGAUCGCUUACGAGCAUCGAUUGCCGAGAUUCCCGGCCUCGUUGACGGUUGGGCCAUUCGGCGGGGUCCGCGGCAGGGAUUUUCUCUGCGUUCAAUGCCUGGACGGCACUUUUUUGUUCUAUGAGCAAGAGAUGUUCGCGUUCAGCCACACGACGAGGAAUCGAUUGCUGGCCGAGCCGAUCGUCUACGUAUCCCGAUACGAUCUCUUCGUGGCAGCCACCUCCUCUUGGAUACUCGAAUGUCACAGGUAUCAAAGCAUGGCUGAGUGGUCGAGGAUCGGUCACAAAGACGGCGUGGAGGAGGGACAUGGAAGAUCCAGCAGCAGUUUGGAACCGGAUUGGACGUGCAACAUCGGUGAACCGAUCCUCGGCAUCGAGGCUGUCACUUUGACCAGUUUCGAGGUCGGGAUCGUGGUACUCGGCGAGAGGCACCUCUAUUGUCUAAAGGACAACUGCACCUCGGUCAAGUACGCGAAAAGACUCGAGUACAGGCCUGUAUGUUCUCGAGCAUACGUGAUCGAACCGGAUGGAAAGUUGAUGGUGUUGGUGAUCGCCGACACGGGUACUCUGAUGAUCUACGAGGGAACCACGUUGAAAUGGUCGGCACAAUUGCCCUUCACGCCUGUCGCCGUGGCCCGAGUCCAACUUCGGCACUUGGAGGGCGCUGUAGUCGUUCUAUCGGCGGACGGUCGGUUGGAGGCUUGCUACCUAGGCUCGGAGCCGAGCUUGUUCGUCGCCCCCCCCCUUCACCCGCGGGGCUACGAUUACACGGCCGCUGAACAAGAAUUGUCGAAGCUUCGAGAAAGCGUGCGUACGAGAAAGGAGGAUCGAACGAGCGACGCUGGAGCGGAGGCGGAGCUCGUAGUGACGAUAAAUACCGAGUCCAUGGACUCGGAUCCGUCGCCCGUUUCCGAGCUUGUCGUACAAUUGUCCUCGUACGCCACUCUUCGAGACGUUCAGGUUUGCGUCCACGUUUCGAAACCUUUGCUCGCCAGCGUCGAUUUCUACACCGUUCCCAAUCUCUACGAGAACCACUCGAGGAGGAUGAUGGUGAGCGUGGAAGGGGAUUGGCCAUCGUACACGAUGGACGUGAUCGUGGUGGUCACGUAUAGGACGGAGGAGGGUGCGCUGCGAGCAGUGAGAAAAAUCGGUCAAAUACCGAUUAAAAUGACGUUGAGAAGCUGCCCGCCCGAAAAAUCCUCCUCCUUCGUGACCUUGAUCAAAAGCAACGCUCCAUCGACCCUCCCCUCCACCCAACUGUUUCCCGAAUUCGUAUGGGCGGACGCAGAGUCGGCGCAGAGGCAAGGGUGGAACGCGGUGGGUUUGAGCCACGCGAAUUCGGAUCGCAGGGUGACAGUGGUGUCCGGCGUUGCCAAUAACCGUUACCGCGUCCAGUCGAACGACGCUUCGUCCUCGACGUUGAUCGUGCGCCGGUUGAUCGACAGAUCGGCGAGGAAGAAGGGGGAGGGGGAAAAUGUAGGAGCGAAUCACGUUCGAUCGGUGCAUCAGGGGAUGGACGAUCAUUUCGCGGCUAGGCGAGAGAUCGAGGAGAUAACGAACGAGAUCGGAUUGUUGACCAAUCAGUUGAGAAGUAUCGCGAGAAAGAUGGUGAGGAUCGUGAGAGAGAGGAGCGAGCGAUCGUUGACCGACACCGGCCUACCCUUCCUCUUCGAAUCCACGUGCAGCUCCAUCUUCGCGCGCCUCGAGGAUCUCGCCAAGGCACGAGAGAAGCGAGAGCGAAGCGGACACGAGCUUCGAUGCAACGUCGAAUUGUUGUUGGCUUUGUUACGAUUGAACGUGGCCGAGGACAAGUACGAGGCGCUAAGAGCGGCUAUAGGAUUCGAGCCGUCCGACCGAACGGAUUGGGAGGAGAUCGCGAACGCGGGGCUGGCCGCGUUGCUCAAGUCCGUGUCGAGGAAGGGUGGUGGAUUUUCGGAGACGAGAUCGUGCACGUGGACCGGCUUGGUUCCCGUAACGUCCGAGAGAGAGGUGGCGAAACUGAAGAGUCGGCUGAGCCACGCGAUAGGACGACUCGGUGCCACGAGGGAAUCGGACAUCGCGGAGAUCGAGAGCAACGAUUUUCCUGCUGAAUCGGCGUAGCCGAAGAAGAAACCGAGGCCGAGUGAUUCGUCGCCGUGAUUCAUCGUGGCGCCGCGAUUCCGCUUUCCCGACUGGUUAAUUAAUGGCGAGGAUGACGGCGAGGCGGAUGGAGAGAGAACGGACGACUCCGUCCCUCUCGAACGCGAUGAUGAUUUAAUCGGUUAAUAAGUAGGGACGCUACUUUUUCGCCCGCGUUGCGGAUCGCGCGGAAACGCGGUGGUUUCCGAUUGCGAGGGGGCGAUCGAUCGGCCAGGG